AGGCAGAGAGUUUCAUUGGGAUUUCUAUACCAAGUUCUUUACAUAAGUGUGCCAGCUACUUUGCAGGAAAAAAAAACAUUGAGAAAAGUGUACAUAACACCCCACAAAGUGGGGAAAGCUUUACUGAUGGACGAAAAGUAUGAGGCAGACUACUCAGCAGAUACUACAGCUCUAGACCACAAGUCAAUAAGUGCCUUUCUAGUGACUUAAAUGAGUUUUGGAUGAAGUCCUAAAAUUCCAUCUACACUGGGGUUAUUCUCAGAGUAGGAUUAGCCAAUUUAGUGGCAAAAAGUCUCUUCCUUGCUGCAGCUGCGGGGAAUUAUAGGUUCGAUAUACCUAGCAGAAUGAAGGCCUUAUGGUAGAAACUAUGACCACUGAACUGAACAAUGAAACUAUAAAAUGAUAAAAAGACUCCUGUGAAUUACAAAACCUUCAGACUGUUGGGCAAGCCAAACGUUAUUAAAGUAGGGCCUCUUUAAAAAAAAAAAGAAGCAAAUACAAAUGGACAUUGAAUUGGAUAGAGAUGGCAAUACUUUGUUCUGCCUGAAAUCAAGACUCUUGUAUACAUGGGGCCCACACGGUUGCUCUUCCAACAGUAAAUUUAGUUUUUCACUCUAGAUUGCAUUCACAAGUUGCAAAUUAAUGUCACAAAGAAGCAGGGAUAAUUAAGGAGCAGUAAGAUGUAUGUAAUGGCUUCCAGCACAAUCCAUUUUUAUCUGAUUGUUAAUCCUCCUGAUGAUUCCUUUUCAGGAAGUAAGGGCUGUACAAUGGCAGAGGACCACAACACAAAAGACACCUUGAAACCCCUGGUGUUCCGUCUCCACGACAGCGUUCCUAAAAUGGUCCGUGAAGUCUUAAUGGAACGUGGCUGGAGUGAAUUUGAUAAACGACAGCAGGACAAAUCAGACUGGAAUCUGUACUGGCGGAACACCCCUUUCCAUGUGACAGACCACCGUAACAUUAAACCCUGGCAGAGGCUCAAUCACUAUCCAGAAACAGUCAAGAUCACAAGGAAAGACUAUCUGGCAAGAAACCUUAAACGUAUGAAAGGAAUUUAUGGAUCAGCACUGUAUGAAUUUAGUCCAGUGGCAUUCAUUAUGCCAAACGACUAUGUCAAGUUUAUAGCAGAAUAUAGCAAGGAGAGACAAUCCCAAGGCAGAAAGUCAAGCUACUGGAUUUGCAAACCUGUGAAUCUGUCUCGAGGAAGGGGGAUACUCAUUUUCCAGGACAUUAAGGAUCUCAUAUAUGAUUAUGUGGUCAUUGUGCAGAAGUAUAUUAGUAACCCUUUGCUUAUUUCUGGGUACAAAUGGGAUCUCCGCCUGUAUGUUUGUGUCACUAGUUUUUGCCCCCUCACCAUUUACACUUAUGAAGAAGGACUGGUGAGGUUUGCCACAGAAAAGUUUGACCUCAGUUCUCUAGACAAUGUAUACGCCCAUCUGACAAACACCAGUAUCAAUAAGUUUGGGCCCUCAUAUAAAAAAGAUAAAGUAGGGAUUGGCCGUGGUUGCAAAUGGACAUUCAGCAAAUGCCGUUCUUACCUACGCAGCAUUGGCGUAGACGACCUACUUUUGUGGCAAAGAAUCAACAACAUUGUGACACUGACCCUUCUUGCUAUCACCCCUUCUGUACCAUUGACUCACAAUUGCUUUGAGCUCUUUGGGUUUGAUAUUCUGAUAGAUGACAAAUUCAAACCAUGGCUUUUAGAAGUGAACUGCAGCCCAGCCUUACAUUUAGACUGCUCCAUUGAUGCAACAGUGAAAAAAGGACUUCUCCAUGAUGUCAUUGAAUUACUAAACUACAAACAAAUUGACACCCUGAGACAAAGUAAAGGAGUCAGGACUAAAGCAUCCUGUGCUAGUAAGUCACAGGUCUCCUUGAGUAUUCACAGUAAAAGUACAACUGAUUCUGCCCCACAUUUCCUUGCUUCUAGGCAACCACAGACUGAAUGCACUGUCGCUUCUCCUGUACAAUCUCUCUUGGAAGUUGCAGGAAGAUCAUUUAGUGAAGAGGCCAUAGUGACUAGGAAAGCAGCCAGAGUACAUCCAAGGAAAACACUGACCUCUCAGCUCCGGGAGAGGAUGAACACGCCAAAAACAUCUUUCCCCUCCAGAGCUGCAUCUAAUAGCAAACCAAUACAAGGAACUUUACAUCAUGUGCCUGUGCCUGUGCCUGGCCAAUCCACCCAAUGGCUGCCCAUUGAGUUAUAUAAAAACAAAUUAAGCAUCCCUCCUUAUUUUCUCACAGAUCAAGACAAGAAGCCCUUUCCUCGAAUAGGUGAUUUUGUCCUUAUAUUCCCUUUCAAUGAUGCUGCACUUCAAGCUUCCAGAAAUGGAAUAGAUGUAAAAGGCAUCAUACAAGAAAUACACAAAUUAAUGACUGAACAGUUGUCCCGGGGAAUACAAAAAGUAAAGGACAGAAAAGAUUAUUUAACUAUUAAAAAAUGUCUAUAAGCUACAACACAAUGAAAGAGUCAGAUUAUAAACAGUACCAAGGGGUACUGAGAUACUAACCUGGUUGUUUAGUUUUAAAAGGACAGGUAUGCUCUAUACUUAUUUCAUAAAUAUGGAUAUCACAAGACUUUAAACUGUAACUAGUACUAUUGCUUAUUUAACAAUACCCCUAAUAAAUUAUUUUUAAAUAAAAGAAUUCCUAAAUACUUUUAAAAGGUAUUCUGACAUGAAAAUAACACAAAGAGGAAAAUAUAAAGUUGCAUUAAUUUUCUUUUAAACGUCAGUCCUUGUCUCUGUCUAAUAUUUGUUUACGAAUUUCUCCCCUGUAAUUCAGGGUCCUUUGUUUAUGCUGUUUUUCUCCCCUGGAAGGCUUUAUAACUUUAAAAAGCUCAUCAGUUUACAUGCUGAAGCAUAGAGUUUAAUAUCCAUGCCUCUUAAUUUACAAAGCUGCCAGUAUUAUAAGGGUGUUGGGUUUUUUUUAAUAAUCCAAGUCUGGCUCUGCUCAACUGAGCUUUCAUAGAAUCUUAGAAAAGUAGGGCUGAAAGAGUCCUCCAGAGAUCAGAGCUUAACCCCCUGCUAUACAAACCAUCCUGGAGAAAGCCUUGUCUAACCUGUUACUAAAACUACACAACCACAAGGCAUAGCUUCCUAACCUGCCACAGGUAAAGUAGGAAGACAAGUGGUCAGUACCCUGCUGCUACCAGGGAUGUUAAAAUACUCUGGAGAGAUCUGCAGAUGCUUCCUCAGCCUGACGAAGGGUGCUUGUGCCGAAAGCUUGCUAAGAAGAAUUUUUCCAACUAUUUGAGUUGCUCUAAUAAAAGAUACCGGAUUUACCCAAAGAACCUUGUCUGCCCUCAAGAGAUCUGGCAUUCAGUACAUGCUGUGUGAAAGAAAUAUAAUUCCAGUAGAACUGUUCGUUUCCUUGAAACAGAUAUCUUCAAAAAUUCUUAUGAAAUCUAAUUACAAAAAAAUCCUCUAUGCCAGUGGUUCUCAUCCUUUUUAGAUUUAAGGCACCCCUUGCUAUGCUCAAGGCACAGAAAAUAUCAGCUCCUAGCUUUCUUAUGUUUCUUGCCUAUGGAAAAAUAACACAGCAAUACUUCUGUUGCAAAGAACUCGGAAAGACCACAACAGGUCAAAAUAUUUUUGUCACUAUGGACUCCUAUUUGAGAUCUCUGGGUUUAUCUUUUGAAUCAAGUUUGCAAAACCAAGUGCUAAUACUGUGCAGCACCUUAUAGAAUCUUUAAAAGGAUCUUAUGGCACCCAAGGGUGCCACAUACCUGGUUGAGAAUCGCUACUUUAUGCUGUUCCUAACUGCUUUGCAGACUUUACAAACUCUAAACAAAAGAAUCCCCACAAGAGGCUUUGUGAAAAAAAUAUUUUCAUUAGGUUUCUCAAAGCAACAGAGGACUUCAAUACUGAAGCUGAGCUGUAAGCUGCCAACACCCUACUCAAACCACUAGAUCAAACCUCUCUCUUGCACACAGUCCACUGAAUGCCUUCUGGAAAUGUAUUGUUGUUAAACGGUCACUUCAUAGUGUUAUGCCAUCAGUGUGCUAGCUUACACCUGACUGACGGUAUAAAACUUUCUCAGUAAAACUAAGUGGAAAAAAUGCUACCACUAAAUCAAAACUCUCCAUUAAUUCAAACCAGAAUCAUCCCACAGUGCAUCUCUACUGCCACCAACUGGCUGUAUGGCAGUAACAGUACCUGUAUUAACCCACCGUACAGCCUCACAUUUGUUCCAAAAGGGAAGACAAAUUCCAGCUGCUUUGCGGUUAAUCUAAUGAUAAUCUAAUUGAUAAUCUGCAGACAGCAGAGUCAUGAGGUUUUCCAACUGUAUUUUAAUUUCCUUGCAAGAUUCUCAAAGUGGUCAUCCCGAGUACCUUUCAUGACUGGAAUCACAGAGGGAUGUUUUGGGGACAGCAGUGUUCAUGUGUUAGACUGCUUCAGCAAAAGGGUACAAUGUAGUCAUAAUCGUGAUCACUAUUCAUUCUAAGAGCCAAGAUAAUCUGUGACUGGGAGGGGCCAUUGCCAUUCAGAGUAGAAGAGCAUGCUUCCCUGCUUUUGCAGUACAAAGCCUGAAAAGAGAGAGAAACAUGAGGAGCAGUGUGCUUUUCUGUACAAAGAAUGAUUAAAUCAAUACUAAUAUUUUACUGUAGUUUCAUUUCCCUUGGAAGGGAACUGACUAUUGCAAGUCAAAGUAGCUCCUCUUAAUUUUUGUCAGCAUCUGCUCCCUUCUGUUUGAGAGCAAGCUGGACUUCAGUUACAUAGUUUGAUGGUUCCUUUGCUUUUGCACUUUUAAAUGUUGUCUGAUAAUAGUAAAUUACUAUGUAAGCAAUGGUAGUUGUACAGGAUAACGCAAUGACUAUUAAAAGCUUAUAACUAA